AUGGGGGCACAGUGGGACUGCUCGUGCUCAUGUCGUGGCCCUACAGGUGAAUGAAUGGCUUGCUAGCUAGUGGCAAUACUGUCAAAAUCGACCUAGCUAACGUUACCUGACUAACUACCAAUUUUUUAUAAUACAGCUGUCAUUGUUACUGUAGCCUGCACAUCUUCUUUUUUUAACAGCUGUCACAAAUCCUGUUGUGCCCCAGAGCAGUUUAUUGUCUCAUUGUCAAAAAAAUAAAAAAUAAUCCUAAAUACAUCUCUGCUCCCAUUUGCCCAUGUUUCUUGGAGAUCCUAAAUGGUUUUGUGAUACUCUCAACUGUGGUAUUAAGCUGUUUUAUAACACCUCACUUUACUUAAGGUAUCUGUGCACACUCUGUAACGGCAUAUGACAUGCUUAUGAUGCCCAUCAUUCCAUUCAAUGUAAUAAUGUGGCACAGAGUUUGGUAAAUGAUAUAACAUCCUAUUAUAACAUCUGGUAGACACAUAUGUAGCAUGUAAGAACAGUUGACAUUAGAGCAUAUGCCAACAGGACGAACAGUUAUCUAAAACACCCAUUAUAACUAGUUUCAUAAAAUCUUAUGCCGUUACUCAUAACUAUUUAUGACAGCUUAUGACAAAUGUUAUAAUUUGUUAUAUAGCUGUUAUAAAGGCUUCAUGAAUGCAUGAAUAAGGACACCUACAGUAAAAUGUUAACAUACAUUUUAUCCAUAUAGCUCCUUUACAAGUCUCAAGGACACAUUACAAGGUAAAUGCAGAUAUGAAUGUACACAAUUGGCAACACAAGUUAAUUAGAACACCAGAAGACUUGUGUUAGCUCCCUGACCUAAUGCCUAGGCUUUAGCUCGGUGGGCUAAUGUGGUCUUGAGUCAUGCAGACAUCCUAGGUUUGAUAGCCCAGUUGGUUAGCUGUGGACAACCAAAAGUCAAAGUCAAAGUGGUGGUGGUCUUCACAAAAACCAGGGAAACAAAACUAGGUAAAGGAAAGAAAGUGAUUCCUUCAGAGAAAACAGGAGAAGCAGAAAACAAGGAGAAAGUGGUAGAAUAACCCAAAGUCUAUUAAAGCUGCUAUCCUUCGGGCUUACAGAGGCAUACAGACAACAGUUCUGUAAAUUACGAAAGACAGAAUCACAAAGCCAUGUUGAGUUUUCAAGGGAACAAGCAUGUCUUUUUGAUCGGUGGUGUGGUUCUCAAUAAGUCAGGGACCUUGAGGAUUUAAAGAUACUUCUCGAGCAAUUCAAUUUGGAUCAGAUAUGUAUGGUUUUUGGACGGGUUCGUGUCUCUGCAGUGUGUAAAUGCUUAUAAGCAGCCGGUGAACAUACUGCGAGACACUGGGGGGCCCAAUCCUUCAUUUUGGAGGGUGUCUUUUUGCUGAGACACGCCCAGUGGAGUUUGAUGACGUUUGUGUGGGUUACUUUGACAGAGAUGGUGUUCUAAUGAGGAAAUGGCGUUCUCGCGCCACUUCUGGGCAAGACGAUUGGCCCAGUGUAUCUCAAAUUGUCUUUCCAGUCACGCUUCGACAAGAGAUACUGAGGUUGGCUGAUGAUGGUAGUAUGGCAGGCCAUCUUGCGGUUAACAAGACGCAUGACCGUAUCUUGCGUAACUUCUUCUGGCCUGGUCUGAAACAGGAUGUUGUGGCUUACUGUAAAUCCUGUCGCGUUUGCCAGCGGACGGGUAAACCGAACCAAUCUGUAUCGGUUGUACAUUUGCAGCCUAUUCCUGUCAUUGUGUCAUGUCAACAUGUUGAAACCAUACCUUACCCGCUAUGAUCGGGCGGAGAAGUCGGUGGAAACCGGUAGUGAUGUUCUGCCUGUAGCCACUGCUGUCACCGUUGACUAUAGUCUUCCUUAAGAGCAUGAGGAAAGCUCAACCGUGCCUGUUGGACGGUUGAGUAACGCAGAGAUUCUAGAAAACCUUGACAUCUUUUUGGCAUACUUGUCUUCGGAGGAAAAAGGCAACAUUGUUGCACUGCUUUUAGAACAUCAAAGUUUAUUCUCAGAUGUGCCAACUCAGACAAUUGUAGACAUUUAUGGUCUGUUUACAUAUAUUUUAGAGGUUAUGUAUACUUUUUUUUAAAUAAAACCCAUAUUAACAUAUUUUUAAGUGGGAGAACUUGCACAAUUGGUGGCUGACUAAAUACUUUUUUCCCCCACUGUACAUUUUUCUAAAUAGUGAGAAUGUCGGGAGCGGACAACGUUGAAAAGUAAUCUUUAGACAUGUUGUACAUUUCUUAAAUGUAGUUUUGUAAUUCACAAAAAAAAGCAGACAACAAGAAAAUUGCAUUUGAAAAAGGUCAAGUAUUUUCUGUGAGCCAAUGGGGUAACCUACAGUGGGGAAAAAAAGUAUUUAGUCAGCCACCAAUUGUUCAAGUUCUCCCACUUAAAAAGAUGAGAGAGGCCUGUAAUUUUCAUCAUAGGUACACGUCAACUAUGACAGACAAAUUGAGAAAAAAAAAUCCAGAAAAUCACAUUGUAGGAUUUUUAAUUAAUUUAUUUGCAAAAUAUGGUGGAAAAUAAGUAUUUGGUCACCUACAAACAAGCAAGAUGUCUGGCUCUCACAGACCUGUAACUUCUUCUUUAAGAGGCUCCUCUGUCCUCCACUCAUUACCUGUAUUAAUGGCACCUGUUUGAACUUGUUAUCAGUAUAAAAGACACCUGUCCACAACCUCAAACAGUCACACUCCAAACUCCACUAUGGCCAAGACCAAAGAGCUGUCAAAGGACACCAGAAACACAAUUGUAGACCUGCACCAGGCUGGGAAGACUGAAUCUGCAAUAGGUAAGCAGCUUGGUUUGAAGAAAUCAACUGUGGGAGCAAUUAUUAGGAAAUGGAAGACAUACAAGACCACUGAUAAUCUCCCUCGAUCUGGGGCUCCACGCAAGAUCUCACCCCGUGGGGUCAAAAUGAUCACAAGAACGGUGAGCAAAAAUCCCAGAACCACACGGGGGGACCUAGUGAAUGACCUGCAGAGAGCUGGGACCAAAGUAACAAAGCCUACCAUCAGUAACACACUACGCCGCCAGGGACUCAAAUCCUGCAGUGCCAGACGUGUCCCCCUGCUUAAGCCAGUACAUGUCCAGGCCCGUCUGAAGUUUGCUAGAGUGCAUUUGGAUGAUCCAGAAGAGGAUUGGGAGAAUGUCAUAUGGUCAGAUGAAACCAAAAUAUAACUUUUUAGUAAAAACUCAACUCGUCGUGUUUGGAGGACAAAGAAUGCUGAGUUGCAUCCAAAGAACACCAUACCUAUUGUGAAGCAUGGGGGUGGAAACAUCAUGCUUUGGGGCUGUUUUUCUGCAAAGGGACCAGGACGACUGAUCCGUGUAAAGGAAAGAAUGAAUGGAGCCAUGUAUCGUGAGAUUUUGAGUGAAAACCUCCUUCCAUCAGCAAGGGCAUUGAAGACGAAACGUGGCUGGGUCUUUCAGCAUGACAAUGAUCCCAAACACACCGCCCGGGCAACGAAGGAGUGGCUUCGUAAGAAGCAUUUCAAGGUCCUGGAGUGGCCUAGCCAGUCUCCAGAUCUCAACCCCAUAGAAAAUAUUUGGAGGGAGUUGAAAGUCCGUGUUGCCCAGCGACAGCCCCAAAACAUCACUGCUCUAGAGGAGAUUGUAAUAUUCAUAUGUGUCAGCAUACUGAAUUGUAAUUGGAUGCAUUAUACUGUCAUAUCAUACCGUGCUAUGAUUGGUUAAGACCACCCAGGUGGUGAGGUCAUUCUAAAGAUGAUCAUGGCCAGAGACACAUGGACAUGCCAGUUAUAGCUAGUUAAUAAAGAGCUACGUUUAUAAAUAUCCUGUCGUCCUGCAUUUUAUUAUUUUGUACAAAGCAUACAAAACAAGACAUGGUGUCAGAGUAAAAGGACUAAAAGAUGGAUUUUGCUGGAGUUCCUUCACCUCGAAUGGAUUGGGGGUCUACAAAUCUACCCGAUGCAUGGCGUAAAUUCAAACAGCAUGUGGACCUGAUGUUCACAGGUCCUCUGAAGGAAAGAGGAGAAGAGGAAAAGUGCAGCUACCUGCUCCUCUGUAUCGGGAGAGACAUUUACAACACAUGGACACUUACCGAGGCUGAAUCAAAGGUACUGAAAACAUACUACGAUCGUUUUGAAGCAUAUGUUGUGCCAAAGACCAAUACAAUUUUCGCUAGGUACAAAUUCCAUGAGAAAGUACAAGGCGCUAGUGAAUCGUUUGAACAGUUUGUCACUGAGCUGCGUCUGCUUGUGAAAGACUGUGAUUAUGCAAACAAGGAUGAGAUGGUCAGGGACCGUAUUGUAUUUGGAAUACACUCACCGCGAGUGAGAGAGAAACUUUUGAAUGUUGGAUCAGAGUUAACGCUGGACAAAGCUAUCGACAUAGCCAGAUCUCACAAGCUAGCACAGGUUCAGAUGAAAACCAUUUCAGGCGGCAGCACGAGCGCAUCACGUGAACAAGCAGUGCACGCAGUCAGGCAGACAUCAAAGCACAACUCAGGUGCUCAGAAAGCAUGUUUCAGAGCGGAGACAGACAGAACUCCAAAACAGAGCGACACAGACUCCAAACGCCCCAAAACAUGUGGAUAUUGUGGAUACAAAGUGCAUGGCGAACAGGGGAAUUGCCCAGCUAAAGGCAAACAGUGUACUAAAUGUGGAAAAUGGAAUCACUUUGCAAAAGUGUGCAGAGUUUACCGUGGAAAAACAGUACAUACAGUGAGUGAAGAUGAAAUGUCAAUCAAAGAGUCAAAUGCUGAUGAACUGUUUAUUGAUUCAGUGACACAGAAAAGUCAGAUAUCAGAGACAGAGCAAGCCUUUGCUGACAUUGAGAUAGGAAGACAAGGCACAGAGCUAAAAUUCAAACUAGACACUGGUGCACAAGUAAACAUUAUUCUCUGAGUAAGUACAGAAGCUUGACAUCUGAGUGUGAGCUACAGCCCACCACGCGCAGACUGACUGGUUAUGGUGGUGAACAGCUCCCAGUAAAAGGCACAUGCACUCUCAAAUGCAAAUACAAGGAAAGGGACAUGAUGUUGGACUUUUACGUUGUUGACACUCGAGCACCUGCAGUGCUAGGUCUUAAAGCAUGUUUAGACAUGGACCUUAUCAAGCUAGUUUUAUCAGUGACAGCACCAGUAGAGAUAGAGAAUGUCAUGGAGGAGUUUGCUGAUGUUUUUACAGGAAUAGGACUAUUCCCAGGAGAAUGUACCAUUCACCUUGACCCAGACGCAACCCCUGUGGUCUACCCACCGAGAAAGAUUCCACUUGCUCUCCGCGCCCGUCUGAAGAAAGAGUUGGAGAACAUGGAGCAAUCUGACAUCGUCACCAAGGUUACAGAACCGACGGAUUGGGUCAACGCGUUAGUGGUGGUGGAGAAACCACGCACAGGCAAGCUCAGAGUAUGUCUCGACCCAAGAGACUUGAACAAAGCUAUCAAACGCCCCCAUUACCCCUUACCGACGCUAGAUGGCAUCACACACAAGCUAGCGGGCGCACGCUACUUCAGUGUCAUGGACGCCAGAUCAGGCUACUGGGCUAUCAAGCUCACAGAAGAGUCAUCUAAGCUCACAACGUUCAACACACCAUUUGGACGCUACAGGUUCCGUCGCCUGCCUUUUGGGAUUAUCUCAGCCCAAGACGAGUUUCAGCGAAAGAUCGACGAGGUGUACAAAGGCCUCGACGGAGUCGUGGCAAUUGUGGAUGACAUCCUUGUCUAUGGUCGAACCAAAGAGGAACACGACAGAAACCUCAGUGCGAUGCUGCAAAGGUCCCGUGAGAGAGGAGUCCGGCUCAACCCCGAGAAGAGCACAGUCGGCGCUACAGAGGUCAGCUACUUCGGACAUCUUCUCACAGCGAAUGGAAUCAAGCCAGAUCCACAGAAGAUCUCAGCCAUAAAGGAAAUGGAGCCACCAAAGAACCGCGCAGAGCUGGAAACAGUGCUUGGCAUGGUCAACUACUUAGCCAAGUUCGCACCCAGCCUCUCCAAUGCUAAUGCACCCCUGCGUCAGCUGCUAAAGCAGUCCAGUGAGUUCCUCUGGGACAACCAACACGACAUCGCUUUCCAGAAAGUGAAAGACUUGAUCACGAGAGAACCAGGACCAAUCCUUGCCUACUACGACCCCAACAAAGAGCUCAGACUCCAGGUGGACGCGUCGAAGUAUGGACUAGGGGCAGUGCUACUGCAAGAAGGAAAACCCAUCGGCUACGCUUCCAAAUCUCUCACAGACUGUGAAAUCAACUACGCUCAAAUCGAAAAGGAGCUGUAUGCCAUUCUGUUCGGAUGUAAGCGUUUCCAUCAGUAUGUCUAUGGACGACAAGUCAUUGUGGAAACAGACCACAAGCCCCUCGAGUCAAUCAUGAGGAAACCGUUAGCCGCAGCCCCGCCAAGGCUACAGAGAAUAAUCCUUCAACUACAAAAAUACGACUUCACAAUCACUCACCGUCCAGGCAAAGACAUCCCUGUCGCAGACACACUCUCCAGGAAGUUUCUUACCUACAAGGACAGCAGCCUCAGUGAAGGCAUGGACAUGCAGGUGCACACUGUGUACAGCAACUUACCAGUUAGUGACACAAAACUGAAGGAGAUCCGAGCAGAAACCGGAGAAAAUGCCCUCAGAGCGUCUCAGAGUUCUGGAACCAUCGUGACGAACUAUCACAGAUCAACGGAAUCAUUUUCAAAGGAGAGAAAAUCAUCAUUCUUACCAGUCUCAGAGAAGAGAUUUUGACAAAGAUCCAUGCUGGACACAUGGGCAUGGAAAAGUGCAAACAGAGAGCACGGGACAUUUUGUUUUGGCCCGGAAUGUGCAAACAAAUAGAGGACAUGGUUGGUAAAUGCCCCACCUGUCUUGAACGACGCCCCUCGAACACCAAAGAGCCAAUGUUACCUCACCGUAUCCCAGACCGACCCUGGCAGGUCGUGGCAACCGAUCUGUUCAUGUGGAACAACGAGGACUACAUUAUAACAGUGGACUACCACAGCAGGUACUUCGAACUCGACAAGCUUCACAGCACCACAUCUGCAGCUGUGAUACACAAGCUGAAAGCAGCCUUUGCCAGGCAUGGCAUUGUAGAUACUUUAAUAUCUGACAAUGGGCCCUGUUACAAAUCAAAUGAGUUUGAAUCCUUCACAAAAGCAUGGGAGUUCACACACGUCACCACAAGCCCACAUUACCCUCAAAGUAAUGGCCUUGCUGAAAAAUCUGUGCAGAUCGCUAAAUCACUCAUGGACAAAGCAAAAGCAGACAAGAGAGACCCCUACCUCAGUCUCCUUGAAUACCGCAACACUCCAGUUGACAACUUCAAAUCACCAGCCCAGCUGUUGAUGAGCCGCAGACUUCGCUCAAUCCUUCCCAGCACCAACCAGCAGCUGCAACCUGAGGUCGUCAGCUACAAGGAAAUGCUUGCAAAACGUGCACAGAGGCAACAACAGCAAAAGCGAUACUACGACAGGUCAGCCAGACCACUGCCACCACUGAACGACGGAGAGUCAGUUAGAAUCCAGGAUCAUGGCUACUGGAAGCCAGCAGUCGUCAUCCAACCAGCUGACACUGAACGUUCAUAUCACGUUCGCACCGCAGAAGGAGCGGUGUACCGCCGCAAUCGUCGUCACCUACUGAACACAAAAGAACAACACACUGACGAGAUGAACUGUUCCCCUGAAAGAGAACGGGAUGAACACAGACACAACACAACAUACACCAUACUUACCUGCAACACCACAAGAACUGUUGACUGACACAGAAGCAUGCUCAGCUUCAUAUCACACAAGGUCAGGAAGAGAGGUCAAGCCUAGAGCUGUCCUAGACCUGUGAAAUGUCAAAGGGUGUAGGCGGAUCGCUGCCCUAAAAGAGUUUCCAGACUGUAAACUUGUUAUUGAAAGUUAACUUGAAAUGCUUUGGUAUUGUAUUUGUUGGAUAUGUUGAGAUGUCAUUGCUACAGUGAAAAGCUGAGUUGCUGAGAAAUAUUUGUUCUAAAAGUAACAGUAUGCUGAAUCAUUGUUUCAGAGUCUGUUAUGUUGAUGCAGUUGGUGCAGUGUAAAUGGUUACUUACCUCGAGUUCAAACUACAGAGCAUAUAUUCAAAAGAAACGCUUUAUUGUUCUACAUAUUUUUUCUUUUUUUUAAAGAAGGGGGAUGUAAUAUUCAUAUGUGUCAGCAUACUGAAUUGUAAUUGGAUGCAUUAUACUGUCAUAUCAUACUGUGCUAUGAUUGGUUAAGACCACCCAGGUGGUGAGGUCAUUCUAAAGAUGAUCAUGGCCAGAGACACAUGGACAUGCCAGUUAUAGCUAGUUAAUAAAGAGCUACGUUUAUAAAUAUCCUGUCGUCCUGCAUUUUAUUAUUUUGUACAAAGCAUACAAAACAAGACAGAGAUCUGCAUGGAGGAAUGGGCCAAAAUACCAGCAACAGUGUGUGAAAACCUUGUGAAGACUUACAGAAAACGUUUGACCUGUGUCAUUGCCAACAAAGUGUAUAUAAGAAAGUAUUGAGAAACUUUUGUUAUUGACCAAAUACUUAUUUUCCACCAUAAUUUGCAAAUAAAUUCAUUAAAAAUCCUACAAUGUGAUUUUCUGGAUUUUCUUUCCUCAUUUUGUCUGUCAUAGUUGACGUGUACCUAUGAUGAAAAUUACAGGCCUCUCUCAUCUUUUUAAGUGGGAGAACUUGCACAAUUGGUGGCUGACUAAAUACUUUUUUUCCCCACUGUAGGUAACCACAGGUUAAUCUCACCUGUGUCUUUAUGACAUCAUCACAUUCUAAAACGACCUGAGACGACAUCACAUUCUAAACUCAUCAUGUCUCUAUGACAUAAUCACAUUCUAAAACCACCCAAGUGUCUUUAUGACAUAAUUAGAUUCUAAACCAUGUGUCUUUAUGGCAUCAUCACAUUCUAAAAUGACCUGAAUGUCUUUAUGACAUCAUCACAUUUUAAACUCUUCGGGGCCAUGCUCUUUCUACCUCUCAAAAUCCGUAUCAACCAAUUAAAAUUGUUUAUGUAACUGCACGUGAUAGAACGCUACGUGUCAGCUUUUCCCAUCAGAUAACCUGGCAUAUUUAGCUCUAUGCUAACAACACCAACUGGAUGUGAUUAUUUCCUGUAACAAAAUCUGUAUAAGCCAAUUACAAAUGUUAACGUAGUUGGAUGUGACAGCAGCCAAAACCUUACAAAUCCAUUUAAUGAGGAGCUUCUUGGAGUCCCUCUUGCAGACCAUCGCAUAGGAUACUUCUAUACAGGGGUGUAGAUCUGCCGGAGCGCACCAGAGCCAUGGUUCGCCACUUCUCAGAAUGGGGCUUGUUUAAUAUUUAAUAAAGUUUAGAUCAAAGCUGAAUCAAUGCCUCGCAAGAUCCCUUAAUGAUUAAUUAGUAUUCUACAUAGGCCUAACAUACCAAAUAUAAUAGCAUAGUUUAACGUUACUUUUAGACCAAAACACCAAUUAAUUUCUUAUGUAGGCUACACUUACAUGCACAAUGUUUUAUAUGCCUUAUUAUUAUUAUUAUUAUUAUUAUUACUAUUAUUAUCAUCAUUCACUUUGUCACAUAUGCGUUUUGAAUCGUGCAUUAAGGACCGGCAGUGAACAGUUAUUUCCUCAGCAAAAAACCUUGCUACGAGGGGAUUCGAAUCCAUGGUUGAAGUGCACUAUCAAUAUUAAGUCAUCCUCUUUAGCAGUGUGUGCCACCCAGAAGAAAUGCAAAUCUUGCAAUAAUGGUACAUGACUGCUAUUUGACAAGUCCAUAAGGUUCUUCGUCUUUUUUUAAUUUUUACAGUGUACGAUAAACCUAUUUUAAGAAAUGCCAUUGGUUGGUGGAUAUAAUGUCUAAGAUCUUUGAUAGGCUGAUGAGGAAUUUGUUACAGGAAAUAAUCACUGUCAGCUGGUGAGGUUAGUGUAGGGCUAACGUGUAGCCUACCAGGUUAUCGGAUAGGACCAGCUACAAUGCGAGUGGUUGAAAAAGUCACAACAAAAAAAGAAAGUCCUUCGUAGAAAAGGACUCAAGUAAAAGUGAAAGUCACUAAGUAAAAUACUAGAGUAAAAGUCUAAAAGUAUUUGGUUUUAAAUAUACAGCGCAUUUUGUUACGUUACAGCAUUAUUCAGAAAUAGAUUACAUUAAUUUUUUUUCCUCAACACACAAUACCCGAUAAUGACAAAGAAAAAGCAGGUCUUUAGAUUUUUUUCAAAUGUAUUAAAAAUAAAAACAUAAAUACCUUAUUUCCAUAAGUAUUCAGACCUUUUACUAUGAGACUCAAAAUUGAGCUCAGGUGCAUCCUGUGUCCAUUGAUCAUCCUUGAUUGGAGUCCACCUGUGGUAAAUUCAAUUGACUGGACAUGAUUUGGAAAGGCACACACCUGUCUAGAUAAGGUCCCACAGUUGACAGUGCAUGUCAGAGCAAGAACCAAGCCAUGAGGUCGAAGGAAUUGUCCGUAGAGCUCAGAGACAGGAUUGUGUCGGCACAGGUCUAGGGAAGGGUACCAAAAAAUUGCUGCAGCAUUUAAGGUCGCCAAGAACACAGUGGCCUCCAUCAUUCUUAAAUGGAAGAAGUUUGCAACCACCAAGACUCUCCCUAGAGCUGGCCGCACGGCCAAACUGCGCAAUCGGGAGAAGGACCUUGGUCAGGGAGGUGAACCCGGACUUGAACCCGAUCGAACAUCUCUGGAGAGACCUGAAAACAGCUGUGCAGCGAUGCUCCCCAUCCAACCUGAGACAGCUUGAGAAGAUCUGCAGAGAAGAAUGUGAGAAACUCCCCAAAUACAGGUGUGCCAAGCUUGUAGCAUCAUACCCAAGAAGACUCAAGGUUGUAAUCGCUGCCAAAGGUGCUUCAACAAAGUACUGAGUAAAGGGUCUGUAUACUUAUGUAAAUGUCAUAUGUCAGUGAUUUUUUUUUAAAUAAAUGUGCAAAAAUGUAUAUCAUCCAGUUUUUGCUUUAUCAGUAUGGGGUAUUGUGUGUAGAUUGUAAAUCAAUUUUCGUAUAAGGCUGUAACGUAACAUAAUGUGGAAAAAGUCAAGGGGUCUGAAUACUUUCCGAAAAUAUACUUAAGUAUCAAAAGUAAAAGUAUAAAUCAUUUCAAAUUGCUCAUAUUAAGCAAACCAGACGACACAAGUUUUUUAAAUUUACGGAUAGCCAGGGGCACACUCCAACACUCAGACAUCAUUUACAAAUGAAGCAUGUGUGUGUUUAGUGAGUCCGCCAGAUCAGAGGCAGUAGGGAUGACUAGGUAUGUUCUCUUGAUAAGUGUGUGAAUUGGACCAUUUUCCAGUCCUGCUAAGCAUUCAAAAUAUAACAUGUACUUUUGGGUGUCAGGAAAAAUGUAUGGAGUAAAAAGUAGGACUGUAGUGAAGUAAAGUACAGAUACCCCAAAAAACUACUUAAGUAGUACUUCAAAGUAUUUUUACUUAAGUACCUUACACCACUGUACAAUGUAGCAUUCUAGCACGAUUUUAAUUGGCUGAUGCCCAUCACCAGUGUCUUCAUGACAUCAUCAUAUUGUAAACUCGCCAAAGCGUCAUUUAUGACAUCAUCAACAAGGCAUUUAACAUAAUGAUAGACAGAAACAUUUCUACAUUGCAUGCAAAUAACAGAAAGGUUAGAUGUUGUCAUUUUAAUAAUAUGCCUGCCUCUCCCCAGGUAUCGUGUCGUUGAUCUCCCUGGUGGUCCUGUCCUACGACCGCUACAGCACCCUGACCGUGUACAACAAGCGUGGUCCUGACUACCGCAAGCCCCUGCUGGCUGUGGGGGGCUCCUGGCUCUACUCCAUAAUCUGGACGGUGCCCCCCCUGCUGGGCUGGAGUAGCUACGACUUGGAGGGCGCCGGCACCAGUUGCUCUGUGUCAUGGACCCUGAGGACGGCUCAGUCCCACGCCUAUAUCAUCUGUCUGUUCAUCUUCUGCCUGGGUCUGCCCAUCGUCAUCAUGGUCUACUGCUACUGUCGGCUGCUGUGGGCCGUCAAACAGGUGUGGGUAGGGGGGGGUGUGGUGGGGUAGAGGUGAGUGUGUGUGUGUGUGUAUGUGUGUUAACAAGUUGGAGAGCCCUCCAAAUUGAAUUGAAUCUGGCUCCCUGUAGAGAUCAAUAUCAGCACUCUGAUCAAAACUUAACUAAACCCUUAUUGUGUUUUAAUCAAGAUGUACUCCAUACAUCUGCACAUACAUGUUGUGUUGGGUGGUGAAUUAACUCCAAGAUCAGCCCCCUAGAACACCCAGUGAGUCUGGAGAAGGUGGUUUCAACCUUGUCAUUUUAUCCGCCAUUACUUUGUGUUUCUACAUUUACAAUCAAAUUAGCAGUUUGGCUUGAGUUCAGGACCUUCCAAUAACAAAUCUCUGGGGGGUUUCAUGCUGCCAAAACUAAUUUUCAAGUGAAGCUGCUACGGUGUGUAAAUAUUGCCCCAGCCAGUGUGCUUAGUCGACAUGAGUUUGGUUUAGGACCUUUCUCAGUCCACUACAUUGAGAAGGUGGUUAAAUCUCUUUCACGCUAAGUGACUGCUCCAAAAUGUUCACCCCUCAGAUAUAUAAUCAAAAGAGGACCAUUGCACACUCCCAAAAGUUUGGUUGGUGCGUAAAACAUGUGAAUCCAGAUAAGCAAUAAAUUGUGAUGGGUCCGCACCCAAAAAGAUGUUGCAUAAAGCUUACUUCAUUAUUUUUAAUGCAUCAGGAUAGCAUACGUUUUGGCCUCCUUCAGUGUUUAUUUUAUUGUUUAUUUAACUAGGCAAGUCAGUUAAGAACAAAUUCUUAUUUACAAUGACGGCCUACCCCGGCAACGCUGGGCCAAUUGUGCGCCGCCCUAUGGGACUCAUGAUUCGUGUUGGCCCAACCCAUCGGUUUCUGGGACCAUUUAGAAUGGUUAGAAUGUGUUCGCAUUCUCAAAGUCUGGGAGGAGAGCAAAUCCAGACUCGUCGUGGAGAAGAAACAUUAGUGCGCGUGGCGUUUGACCGGAGCGAUGUGAAUGGGUAGCCAGGCAAGUUUUUACGACCGAAUUGGGACAGUCUUAUGACGACAGCCCCAGUGCCCAACCCCUCAGAUCCCCACAGUAAUUCAGCAAUUCAGACAAGUACGAUUAGUGAGUGGUCCCGAUAGCGCACUUAAAUUUAAGCGUGCUAGAAGGUCCAGGUCAGGGCAACGAGAAAUCCAAAUUCAGCAGAUGCGACUCAAGUCACAGAUACAUGUGAUAAUUAAACCUUGCCUGAGCGACCAGAAUACCUUAGGCAUUAGGUCAAAAGGUUAAGACACAGAGUUCAAGGGUUGGCGCAACAGGAUGGAGAGAGAGGGUCAGUGCCUUAGUCCUCUAGAAUGGAGGGAGGAGUAUGGAAUCUCUUUCUGUCCCUCUCUCUGCUGUCCCCUUCGUUAUUUGGGCUGACAGGGAGGGUGGGGGAGAUGAAUGGAGCAUCAGUCGUCUCAUGGCUGAAAUGGGAGGUUAGCGGCACAAAACGGAUGGACUGAUUAUCACUGGCUCUCUGUGGGUUUGGAGAGAAGCCCUCAGGCAGAACAAUGAACCUACACUGCAGGGAUGAGAGAGAGAGAGAGAGAGACACUAUUCCCUCUCGAAUAUGUGUGUGUGUGGUGUAAAGGGGUUGAGAAUAUAAAUACAGCAAACAGGUACAUUUCUGUUUGGAUAAAGGACUAUUAUAUUCUCUCCCUGGGGUGAUGAAACAUACUGUCUCCUCCCCUCUCCUCUUCUCCUCUCCGCUCACUCACUCUCUCCUUUCAUCUCGCCUGUCUCUAGGUGGGUAAGAUACGUAGGACAGCGGCCCGGCGGAGAGAGUACCACAUCCUGUUCAUGGUGCUGACCACAGUGGUGUGCUACAUAUUGUGCUGGAUGCCCUACGGCGUGGUGGCCAUGAUGGCGACGUUUGGCCGGCCCGGCAUCAUCACCCCCGUGGCCGCCGUGGUGCCCUCGCUCCUGGCCAAGAGCAGCACAGUCAUCAACCCUCUCAUCUACAUCCUCAUGAACAAACAGGUGAGUCAGUGAGGGGGGGGGGGGGGGGGGGGGGGGGGGGUAUUGUGUGUAUGUGUGCGUGUGUGUGUGUGUGUCUUGUUGGUAAUCUAAGGUUGGGAUGUCAACAAUAUAGCUUUGAAAGGCAAUGUUCCCGAUUGCAUUCACGUUAACGCUGCACGUCGGCUCAAUCGGAAAUUACGUAUAAAUGGCGCAUUGCCAACAGCGCUCCACAGAUUGAAUCCCGACCUAAGGAUUUAUUACUCUGGAGAGAUCUUUUGUACACAUCAAAUGCCUUUAUUUACAUGGUAAAAAUAGAACAAUAAAUUAACAACAAUUUAAUUUUAUACAAACAGUCAACUUAAAUACCUAUUCAAAUUUAAUAAAGAAACCUGCAAUGACAAAUCAAAAGGAAAAACGUAGUUAAAAAAAUUAAAGUGACAGACGAAGAGAGUACAGAGCAACUGUAGAGGAGGGAUCAAGUUAAGCAGUGACCUCCAAAAACUAACUAUUUUCUCUUUGUUUUUCUGUGCUGAACACAAUGCACCUGGCAUGUCCAUCCAUUCCAUAGAGAAUGAUAACAGGAUUCUAGUACCCAAAAGUCUAUUUUAGCAUGGGCAGCACCAUUGAGAACUUAUCCCAUUUUUAAGUAGUCAACUGGAUGGUACAUUCUAUGGGUUAAGGAAGAUCACAUAAUUCCAUCCAGGUCAUCAGGAGGCAUCAAACAGCCAAUUAAUUAUACUCGUGAGCAAACAUUCCAUAACUGCAGGUGGCAGUAAAAUCGCUAACCUUGGCUUUAUACCUGUUCAAACAACACACUCCAGGUGCCAGUUUGCACACUUUCAGGUUUGUUUGCCAACUCAUAGAAGUAGUAGAAAUAGAAAAUUGACUACUUCAAAAUGGAGAUGGCCUCAAUGGCACCGCCCGUGUGCUCACAGAAGCCAUAAUGGGAUAGAUACAAAGAAGCAUUCUCUAUCAUUCUCUAUGGACCAUAAAGAGACAUUGGUCAUCUUUAUCCUGUAACACCCCCCUGAAGGGAACAUAUAGCACCUUAAAAAUACCUGCUAUAAGACAAACAUACACCCCCCUCCAACCACCCACUAACCCACAUGCACCAGCAAAAAUACAAAAUGGCACAGUAUCAAGAUUCAACUGCCGUUGCCAAAGGCAUUGCAUUUGAUCAAGAAGUGCUUCUACGGAACUAAUAAUAGCUGCUCUCGUUUCCAGCUGGAUGGAAUGUCCCUACGCACACAAUAUACACUUAGAGAUUUGCACAGCGCAGGUAGAAAAAUCGUAUAUUUCUCCAGCAUGGUCUUUUUUACGUGUCUUGGAGCUCUAAUGCUGUUGUUUUUCUUACAGUAAAGUACAGAGUAAAGCACAGUACAGACAAUAUUUUUGUUGUAUUGUUUGUAUUCUUUUUUUGUUGUACUGUUUGUAUAUCGUUGUAAUUAAAAUUUGUGUGACUGUCCUUGUCUAUCAGUGUUUUGUUACUUGUCAUAUGUUUUGUGUUUUUUUGUGGACCCCAGGAAGAGUAGCUGCUGCUUCUGCAAACGCUAAUUGGGAUCCAAAUAAACAAGUACACAUACAUGGACAGUUUAAGACUCUUAGCCCUGCUCCGGAUAGAUUUGCAUGCUCUGUGCAUCGGAAUAUAAACAAAGUUAUUAUUUUUAUUAUUUGUUUGCACUGUCAAUGUGUUACAAUCACAAGCGUAACAAUUACAUGUAAUGAUUUGAACACUUCAAUAAUAAUGCAUGGAGAUGAAUCAGAGAUGAUACUUAUGAUAGUCGUGCGAGUCGAGACUAUUCCAGACAGUUUCAUUAUAGCCCCCCUCUGUUCCCUGUUAGAGCUCUCAGUGAGAGGUUGGCCUUGGGAAAUCAUUAGAUGCAGCGGUGUGUCUGGCUCCUUCAAGCCAUGUGUUAAUGAGAUAGCAGAUGUGGCUCAAAAUAUUUUGCUUGCCUGGCGUGCCGGUGUAACAGUUAUUCGGAACCAUGCUUGCGUGCUGAGUAAACUUACCUAAACCCUAAAAUAAUUACGUUGGCUCCCCAAGCUAAUGGUCUGUCACACCGGUUGGGCAGGGUUUGCACUGUUAACACUAUGUCAUUGAUCAGAGGAAGCUCAAUCAAGCUGACCUCAAGUAUCUGCUAGACAUUCACACUGUAUAAGGCAAAGAGCCAUCGGCGUCCCCCUUACACAGACAUAGCCUUCCCAUCUCUAAAUGGUAUUCCUGUUCAGUCUCUCUUCACUCCUCUAUCAACUGAAUAUAACAACAAUCUCUUCAGCAGAUGCCUCUGUUUAUUCCAAGCAGCGUUUGACUGCCAUGUUUACGACUGGAUCAAUUUGUUUCUGCAACCCUGGUUAAGCACUGUUCCUGGAGCAAGGGCACAGCAACACUUUCCAAAAUAACAAAUGCACGAAUACACAAAUAUCUUCUUUGUAUUCUGUCACUAUGGCUGCCAAUGUCAGCCCCUCCCAGUUGUCCCUGCCCAGGGAAUGGUCACCAUCUGGCCAUUAAAGAAAGGACUAUAGUGUCCAUAAUGGCAAAUCUGAUGGACAACAAGUGCAUGAUCGGUUUGGUCUUAUAGGAGGGUCAGCUUGGGAUAAAGGUGGGGCUUAGUAGUUGUACGCGGAUUUGCGUUGGAAAUAACUGAGCCUCCGCUGUCCAUUCUAGCAUGGCCAGAUAGUGAUCCCAUAGAAUAUAGAGCGAUAUAGGAUGCUCUAUAGGAUCUCUAUGAGUGAUCCCCCUCUCCUCGACUUUACACACACACACACACGAGAUAGCUAUCUGAAACACACUGCAGGUAGGUCUGGCACAGAGUCAGUGUAAACAAGAAAGCCACUAAAACCGGACACAGAGUGAGUCUGGAGAUAUUACUGCUUCAAAUCCCUGCCAUGAUAAGAAAAGGUCUCUGGUAGCGCACCGUGGCAGCCUGCAGCAAGCCCAGGCAAAAUAGUACUUUCAGAACAAUAUUGGAGGAUUCAGUCAAAAUGAGAAAGGUAAAGACAUAGGGAACGGUAGGCUUAAGUUAUAACUAGACCAUGCUCUGCUCUGCUGAAUGCCACAAACCAUAAUCAGCAUGACGUGCCUGGGAGGCAGUCCAGCUACUGAACCCUGCAGACUGAAACCCUUAUUCACUUGACUAACUAUGGCACAUAUUCCGGGUACAGAUGUAGGAUCUUAAUUUGAUCACCCUGUUGAAGGAGAACUGUCCUGAAAUGCAGGACAUUUAAAACUUGUAGUGUAUUUGAGGUUUAAAAAGGCUUCUGAAGUUUGUAAUUUUCACUUUUACAUUUCAGACUUGAUUUUCCCUUACGAAAAAUGUAUCAACCCCUACAAAAAAAGUCAAUUUACUAUAAUCCACAUAAUAAAUUCAAAUUUCCUGUUGUACAGGAUUAUCUUCCUACUGUAACAAACUGGCUCAAAUUAAGAUCCUACAUCUGUAGUGUGCUCGUAGAUAGAACUGUCCUAGGGAGAGGUUUGGCCUUGACAGUGGGAGGUGUGGUGUGGUGUGGUUACAUUCAUUUCAAGAGACAGGUCAAUCAUCGUAGUAGUUACAGCUGCUUUUAAAGAGAUGUUCAAUUCCCUUUUGGCAUGGGGUGGACACUGGAAAGUAAGGGAGUUUGACUAGUGACCUCUCCUACCCCAGCCUGCCACUACACUAACAGAACACUGGACGGUUUGAGCAACACUAUGAGGUGACUAGCAGCCUUCUUUAAAUCUUUACUAUUAAAAGAUUAAAUCAGCAAUACAAACACAACAAUGACACUGCAGUUAAAUGGAUAGCAUACAGUAUGAUCAGUCUUUGGGUGUUUUGAAAGGCAACCCAGUGUUCGGUUGGCUACUAGGCACAGGGUUACAGCUGUUGUAAGAAUGCUUUGUGAGUCCCCUUCUUACCGCCUAGCUCCUAUCCCCUAGCCUCGCAUCCUUUGGUGUUCACAAAUCUUUAAAAUGACGUAAUUGUAUUGGAUUAGGCCCAGGAAUGGGCAACCAAAGGGUUUUCCAGGGUUUGGUACCUAACUACCCGCCAGACACAGAGCUGUGCAUGCCCUUGAAGUGGCAGCCAGACAGCCAGUCUUAAAGAGCUAAGUGGGAGUGUGACAAUCUCUUCAUGAGUUGGCAAGUGGUCCGGUACAGCUUGUGAGAGGAGAAGAGAAGAGCAGAGAGUGAUUGGGCAUAAAGCGCAGCAGCAGCAACAGCAAUCUAAACCCUGAUGAAAACAACACCACGAAAUAAGACUUUAAAAUAAGACUAGAAGAGGACAUUUGAACACAGAAAAAUGUGAUAAAAAACAAUGUACCAUCUUGGUUAGGUAAUACUGAGGUGAGGAGUGUAUGGUGUAGUCCCAGCGUGUCUGUAUUGAGAUACAUGUACCUGUAUGUAUGAGCAUGUGUCUUGUAUUGUCAUUGAAGUUGUACUGAGGUACAUUUUGAAUUAAACUUCAAGUUUUUGUUACGUGUUGUCGGGAGUGUGUGGCUGGUGUAUGCUGAGUUUGUACGUGUUCAAAAGUGUGUGUUUGGUAUGGACGUGUUUGAGACAUUCCGUGCAGACCACUGCUCAUUUUCUCAAACAUUAAUUUACCACCCCAUGAGAGCCAUUAAAAAAACACAAAACACCCACCAUUUAAAAACUGUGGACUGUCCUUUAAGUCCUUUUAAGGAAGAAGAGCAACCAGAACUAUAGAAAAACACAACGUUUCACAACAGCAAAACACAACCAGAUAUUUAUAAAAAAAAGUAUCUAAUAACACUAAUCUAUUGCUACACUAUACAGCUCUCCUCCUCUCUUCCGGCUCAGCAAUGGCAGAGAUCGGGAGAUACAGUCACAUCAGGCCGUCUUGGGUCCAUUAUCCUCUGAGGAAGGCUGGGUUUCUCUCCGUCUGGGAUCUGUUGAAAAGUCCUGACAUAAAUGUAGUUAGACUAGACCUGCACCCUCUGGUUUGAUCCCAUCCCACACAGAGGGGCUAUGGCUUGGGUUCUCCACUGUUCUAAGUGUUUCCCUCCAGGUUCCCCCAGAGGUCAGAGUCCAGAGGGUUAUUAUUGCACCGUUUUCCCUUAGUCCUGUGGGGUCGUGGUGGUUCCACAUGUGGCUUCUUCUAAGGGUCAGAGUUCAUGAGUUGAUAGUUCAGAGGUCACAGUUGACGGUGCUGAAGCCAGGGAGUGUGACGCGGCCCUUCCUCUUCAGGUCUCGCUCGGGGCCCGUGUUGAUGCGCUGCACCAGGCUCUUCUCGUAAAGCAGAGGGUGGUACGCCCCCAGGGUGCAGGCUGCGUCGUAGUAGCGCUCGUGAUAGUGGCACAGGUCUGUCUGCCGCAGCGAGGGGAUGUACUCAUAAACGUGGACCUCGUCGCACAGCGCCAUCAUGAGGAGGAUGCCUGUCAUUACAACGACAAGGUAGAGAAAAAGGGGUUAGAUGGUCUAGCACAGUGGUUCUCAACUGGUCUUUCCUCGGGACCCAAAUUUAACCAGGUUGUCGCAGUUGCGACCCAAUAUUCACAUCGCAUAUUAAAAUUUUUUGGGGCUGAAAUGCAAUCUGGAAAACUAUUUGUUAUACUAUAUUGACAGUAAAUGUAGCAAUUACAGUGCAUUCGGAAAGUAUUCAGACCCCUUCACUUUUUCCACAUUUUGUUAUGUUACAGCACUAUUCUAAAAUGGAUUAAAUUGUUUACAUUUUCCUCAUCAGUCUACACACAAUACCCCAUAAUGACAAAGUGAAAACAGGUUUUUAGAAUGUUUUUCAAAUGUAUUACAAAUAAAAAACAUAUAUAUGCAUUCACAUAAGUAUUCAGACCCUUUACUCAGUACUUUGUUGAACACCUUUGACAGCGAUUACAGCCUUGAGUCUUCUUGGGUAUGACGCUACAAGCUUGGCACACCUGUAUUUGGGGAGAUUCUCCCAUUCUUCUCUGCAGAUCCUCUCAAGCUCUGUCAGGUUGGAUGGGGAGCGUCGCUGCACAGCUAUUUUCAGGUCUCUCCAGAGAUGUUCGAUCAGGUUCAAGUCCGGGCUCUGGCUGGGCUACUCAAGGACAUUCAGAGACUUUUCCCGAAGCCACUCCUGCGUUGUCUUGGCUGUGUGCUUAGGGUCGUUGUACUGUUGGAAGGUGAACCUGAGCACUCUGGAGCAGGUUUUCCUCAAGGAUCUCUCUGUACUUUUCUCCGUUAAUCUUUCCCUUGAUCCUGACUAGUCUCCCAGUCCCUGUCGCUGAAAAACAUCCCCACAGCAUGAUGCUGCCACCACCAUGCUUCACCAUAGGGAUGGUGCCAGGUUUCCUCCAGACGUGACGCUUGGCAUUCAGGCCAAAGAGAUCCAUCUUGGUUUCAUCAGACCAGAGAAUCUUGUUUCUCAUGGUCUGAGAGUCCUUUACGCGCCUUUUGGUAAACUCCAAGCGGGCUGUCAUGUGCCUUUUACUGAGGAGUGGCUUCCAUCUGGCCACUCUACCAUAAAGGCCUGAUUGGUGGAGUGCUGCAGAGAUGGUUGGGCUUCUGGAAGGUUCUCCAGAGAGAAACUCUGGAGCUCUGUCAGAGUGACCAUCGGGUUCUUGGCCACCUCGUUGACCAAGGCCCUUCUCCCCCGAUUGCUCAGUUUGGCCGGGCGGCUAGCUCUAGGAAGAGUCUUGGUGGUUUCAAACUUCUUCCAUUUAAGAAUGAUGGAGGCCACUGUGUUCUUGGGGACCUUCAAUGCUGCAGACAUUUUUUGGUACCUUUCCCCAGAUCUGUGCCUCGACACAAUCCUCUCUUGGAGCUCUACCGAUAGUUCCUUCGACCUCAUGGCUUGGUUUUUGCUCGGAUAUGCACUGUCAACUGUGGGACCUUAUAUAGACAGGUGUGUGCCUUUCCAAAUCAUGUCCAAUCAAUUGAAUUUACCACAGGUGGACAACAAUCAAGUUGUAGAAACAUCUCAAGGAUGAUGAAUGGAAACAGGAUGCACCUGAGCUCAAUUUCGAGUCUCAUAGCAGAGGGUCUGAAUACUUAUGUAAAUAAGGUAUUUCUGUUGUUUAUAUUUAAUAAAUUUGCAAAAAUGUCUAAAAACCUGUUUUCGCUUUGUCAUUAUGGGGUAUUGUGUGUAGGUUGAUGAGGGAAAAAAUAAAUGUAAUCCAUUUUAGAAUAAGGCUGUAACGUAACAAAAUGUGGAAAAAAGGAAGGGGUCUGAAUACUUUCUGAAUGCACUGUAUUUAGAUAAGAGAACAACAUUCCCACCUUUUCCAUUGUCAAUAAUUCCAUAUUGCUCAUAUUCUUGAUGAAGAAUGUUGGCAAGCUCACUAGUUUGAGACCACAAAAUCUACUAAAUAGCGCUGCUAUUAGCUCUAUAUUGAAAAUACUGUGGUUAAAGGACAAUUCCACCCAAAAACUCUUUAGGUAUUUGUUUUAUUUGUCCGUUGUUGAUAUAGUCCCAAAAUGUUUUGCAUGUCAGCAAUCAAGUUUUAAAGAUAUACAACUUUGAAAAUACAGAAAUACAGCCAGUAUGAUGCAUUUUGCAUCAUAUGAUGCAGAAUGGGUUGCCCAAUAAUUUUUUCAUGUAGGUUCAUUAUUAUUUCUACACACUUUCUACCGGUUAGUUGUUUAAAUUCAGACACGUUUUUACAUCCCACAUUUUUUACAUAAAAAAAAGAUCUACACUGAGUGUAUAAACAUUAUGAACACCUGCUCUUUCCAUGACAGACUGACCAAGUGAAUCCAUGUGAAAGCUAUGAUCACUUACUGAUGUCACUUAUUAAAUCCACUUCAAUCAGUGUAGAUGAAUGGGGAGGAGACAGGUUAAAAAUGAUGUUUAAGCCUUGAGACAAUUGAGACAUGGAUUGUGUAUGUGUGCCAUUCAGAGGGUGAAUGGGCAAGACAAAAUAUUUAAAUGCCUAUGAACGGGGUAUGGUAGUAGGUGCCAGGUGCACCGGUUUGUGUCAAGAACUGCAACGCUACUGGGUUUCACGCUCAAUAGUUUCCUGUGUGUGUCAAGAAUGGCCCACCACCCAAAGGACAUCCAGCCAACUUGACACAACUGUGGGAAACAUUGGAGUCAACAUGGGCCAGCAUCCCUGUGAAAGGCUUUCAACACCUUGUCGAGCAAUGCCCCGACGAAUUAAGGCUGUUCUUAGGACAAAAAGGGGGGGUGCAACCAAAUAUUAGGAAGGUGUUCUUAAAUGUUUUGUACCCUCAGUGUAUAUAUACAUUCAAAACCUCCCGCGAACAAAAUUUGGGUCGCGGCCCACCAGUUUAGAACCACUGGUCUAGUAUAUACACACACACUCACACAUACAAGUUAUACAUUCUACAAAACACGCAGUCCUUACAUUGAUUUACGUGAUUAUGAAGUUGCCUGGUAUCCAAGCUCUGUUGCACUAUUGUUUCACUUAACUAUAGUAAAACAGAACAUACAUUGAGUUUGGAUACCAACCAAUUAUGAACCACCCAGUACACACAUGACACACUGUUUACAUAAAUACACAUCAUACAGAGACUACAGUCUGCAUACCUUGAGUAACCAUGUGCCUCUCUCACACAUAAACACCCUAAAUUCACCUCCAAAUCCAUUCUUGUUCACAUACACACACACACACACAAAAACAUCUGUUUAUACUCUGUCUCUGUGCUGUGCCAGCCAGGACUAAAGAGGCAGAGCUAGUAUCAGCUUCUUUUCCCACUCUACCGCCACUCCAAAAUAAUGUGCACUCAGUUAUUUGGCAAUGUUUCAACCACAAAGGGUCUUCAUCAAAGUUUAGAGUAUACAUUGCUAUAGGAACUACAGGAUCAUCUAAACAGUGUACGGGUACUCUGCCUUCCUGAUGUACACUAUGUUAUCUCUCGUGGGUCAGUCAACCGUGAGAGUGAGAAAUAGUAAUACAGGAAGAGACAGCUGAGUUGACAUGAUGUACAUGGCUCUGGGGGCAUCCGUGUUGGUGUGAUGUACUACUGUAUGUAGCAUGUUUAAUGGCCUGUGAGGUCACGCUAAACACGGCAAGAACACGCUACUCUGCUGAUGCACUGAAGUCCUUAAAGGGCCAUUCCCUCUCUCCCACCUCACUUCCUGUUUACCUUUGUCCAACCUCUCAAGGGAGACUGAACAGAGGUGUGGGUGUCCAUUCCAUGACCUAUCUCUCUCCACGAGUGUGCAUGUGUGCGUGUGUUGUUGUUAUAUACAAUCAAGCGAGAAGGUCACCAAAUAAUAAGUGCAGUUGAAGUGUUAAAACUUUAUUGACCAAGAAUGGAAGUGACGUUAUAUUAGCACUCCUGAAUGACCCUGUUCAUACAACCCAGAGAUAGCAGGAUAGAGCCCAUAGAAUCAUCAGCUACUAUGGUAACAUGGAACAAUACCGGUAUAAAAAUGAUAAAUAAAGGAUCUCUAUGUAUGAAUGCUAGUUUUCGCUUGUCUUUGCUGUAGAGACACCUUCCACAUUCAGGUUUUAUGCUACCACCAAGCAGUAAAUACUAACAGCCUUUUCCUCCAUCUCUUCCUUUGGUCUUCCUCACCCCAUUCUUCCAUAUCUGCCCUGCCAUGUUUCUCCCCUAUAAUCUCUCCCUCCUCCUCCCUCCCCUCAGUUCUACAAGUGUUUCCUGAUACUGAUCCGGUAUGAACGGCGCUCCGUGGAGAACGGCCAAUCCUCCAUGCCUUCCAAGACCACCGCCAUCCAGCUUAACCGCCGCGUCUACAGCAACACGGUGGCGUGCACCGCCCAGAUCUCCACGGGCAUCCAGAACCAUGGCUGCAGCACCCCGGCCACCGAGCACACUAACAUCAACCCGCCCGAGGUCACUCCCUCAUGAGCGGGCACGCCGGGAAGGCCUGGUGGAUGAUGAUACAUGGCCCAGCUAGCUAGCUACUGUACCGUGCCGACCAAUAGGCUCCAGGCCCCAUGCUCUCGUCUGCUCGAGCCCAACCCCUUCCAUUUGUUUACUGACUGCUGUGUUUACCUGUAUGUAGGAGUGAAAUUGUGCAUGCUGUGUGUGCAAGAGAAAGUAUGUUUCUGUGUAUGUAUGCAUGACGGGGGCUGUACAAUAGAGUGAGCAUGUGUGCUGCAUUCAAAAGGGAGAGAGGGUGUGUGUGGUUAUGAAUUAUGUGUAUGAGUGUGUGUGUACCAUUUGAUCUCACUCUGCCUGUUCUCUCUGGCUCAGUCUGCUUGUCUCUGUGUAGGUGUAAAAACCAUUGCUCAAUACACUCGCAAAACCUCAGUGCUUAUUCUCUACACACACCGCAUUGCCCAAGUAAAACGGUGUAUCUCUGUCAUAUUUCAUCCCCCAACACACACACACACACACACACACACACACACACACACACACACACACUCUGACCCCACCUCUCUAACACACACACACAAACACACACACACACCCACCCACCCAGCGGUUACCCUACUCCCAUCCUCUGUACUGUCCUGACUGUGAAGACGGAUGAGAAGGUCUGUGGCUGCAUCUCAAAUCGCACCCUAUUCCCGAACGUAGUGCACUACAUAGGGCUCUGGAAAGAAGUAAGGGUAAUAGGCUGCGAUUUGAGAUACAGCCACUGACUGCAGUGCAAUAAGCUAUGGGAUAUCCAGUAAAGAGCUGAUAAAGACUACAAAGACUAUCAAAGUUGAUCAAGAGAACAAAUACUGAGCAGUACAGCUCUGAAGGAUACUGGUACACUGGUGACUGUGGGUGAUAUUGUGACUGUGGGUGAUCUCGGACUGAAGGUUUGAUCUUGGACUUUUCUAUUGUGGAACUACAUGGAUCUCAGACUGAGAAUGGGACUAUUGCCGGACCUGCCAGCAUUUUGUUUGGGGAGAAGUGGCUUUGAACUCAUGAACUCAUGUGUGAUGUUUGGGGUACCUACCACCCCCCUCCCAGUCUUCUUCCCCUGCCCUUUUCCCCUUCAUCAGAACCUGUACAAAGAAAGCUCUGAAUUCAACGUGUCUCUGUGUGUUUCUUGUGUGAUUUUUUAUUUCACUGGUCUACUGAGCAAUUGAAAUGUACUUAAUUAUAAUAUUAUAAUUACGUAAACAAUUUGUAAUAUCACACUGCAAUACACCACUACACUUCAUUAUUAGGGACAAAGAUAGUCCUUCAAUAAAAUCUCUGUGAGACAUUGUUCUCCCCAAAUUGGACAUAUGGGGGUCUGACUCAACGACUACCGUAUACAUAAACAACACCCCAAAUCCUACUGCAACACACCAUACAGCCCUGUACUACUUGAUGCAUGCAUAACCCAGGAAGUGGUCUGGAGAAGGGGAGGAUGGGGAGAGAUGUAGAAACCUUCUGUGGCUCUUAAACCCACUGUGGCGUACCCCCCCCACACACACACACACCUCUUCCUGGGGUCCUAAUAGCUGUAAAUAAGGAUGACACUGUUCUGAUUCUGACGUACGCUAGGUUUUAAUAGCCCUGUGAGUGUUGCUAUAGGUCCUGUAGGGCUGUUUUAUAAUAACACAAUAACAUGACGCCAAGCAGAUGCUGAGUCCAAGCACUGUCUUACACAACAUGGAGGGGUCGACUGGCUGCAUAUCGGACUUUUACGUUAACAUUAUAACCACAGAGCCUGCUUUAUAGAACACUUGUGUAAGUGUGUGAGUGUGUGUGUGUGCGUGUGUAUGUGUGUGCGUGUCAAUGUGCUUGCUUGUACGUGUGUAUACACAUGUGGGUAUACACAGUCUCACCUAUGAACCCUGAGGAGGGUGGGUUGGGCUGGAUGGUCUCCUGGGUGUUGCCCUGGAUGACGUCCCAGAGCUGCCACACAUAUUUGGGGUGGAGGACAUAGAAGGGCUGGGUGGGAUGGAGCCUCCGGUGCUCCAUGUACGGACUGAACAGGUUAUAG